AUGCCUAAUAUAGUUGCCCAAGUCACGGCAUCUCUCCAAGCACCCAAUAAUCCGGUGCCAAAUGUUGAAGCUCAAGCAAAUGUGAAUAAUGAAAAUGUUCAACCGGUAGUGGUGGAAGAAGAAGAGGCACCGGUGAUGCAAGAUAACUACAUUCCCAUGUACAAUCAACAUGGAGUGUAUCGUCAAGGGUGUUCUUUCAAGGAUUUCAAGAGUUGUGGAGCCCCGGAGUUUCAUGGGGAUGGGGGUCCCACGGCUUGUAUAAGGUGGCUUGAAGAGAUUGAAGCGGUGAUUGCUAGGAGCCAUUGUACUUAUGAUGAUCAAGUUACUUAUUCAACCGGCAUGUUUAAGGGUGAUGCAUUGAAGUGGUGGAACAAGGAAAUAGGGGCGGGUAACGCUAUACCUUGGGAUCAAUUCAAGAUUUUGGUGAAUGAAAGGUUUUGUUUUCCUUAUGAACUUCAAACUUUAACACUAGAGUUUGUGCAACUUCAAAUGAAUGGAGCGGACUACAAAGGAUACAUUCGGCGAUUCCAAGAGUUAUCAACACUCAUCCCACACUUGGUGUCUCCCGAGGCCCAAGCUAUUCAAAAGUUUGUUAUGGGCUUAACUCCAAAAGUCUGA